AUGUCUUUUGACGAUAAUGUGGAAAUUGAUUGGGGAAACGAGCGUUUAAUAAGAGCUCAACGGGCAGUUGAAGCAAACACGUAUGAUGUUGACUCAUGGUCGCUUCUCAUUCGCGAGGCUCAGACUAGGCCCAUUAAUGAAGUUCGGACUAUGUAUGAGAAGCUGCUUACUGCUUUUCCGACUACAGGGAGAUUUUGGAAAAUCUAUAUUGAACAGGAGAUGAAAGCAAGAAACUUUGAAAAAGUGGAAAAGCUGUUUCAACGUUGUUUGAUGAAAAUUCUUAAUAUCGAAUUAUGGAGAUUAUAUCUUAACUAUGUAAAGGAGACGAAAUGUAUGCUGCCUACAUAUAAAGAGAAAAUGGCGCAAGCCUAUGACUUCGCGUUGGAAAAGAUCGGUCUGGACAUCCACGCAUAUCCAAUUUGGAACGACUAUGUGACAUUUUUAAAAUCGGUGGAUGCCGUAGGGUCCUACGCUGAGAACCAAAAAAUCUCCGCUGUUAGAAAGGUUUAUCAAAGAGCUGUAAUCACACCCAUUAUAGGUAUUGAAACUCUAUGGAAGGACUACAUUGCAUUCGAACAAGGCAUUAAUACUAUAAUUGCUGAACGAAUGGCCAUGGAGAGAUCUAGAGACUAUAUGAACGCCCGCCGGGUGGCUAAGGAGUUGGAGACGGUGACCCGAGGUCUUAACAGGAAUAUGCCUGCCACGCCCCCCACCGCAGAUAGGGAGGAAAUGAAACAGGUGGAGUUGUGGAAGAAGUACAUAUCCUGGGAGCGGUCUAACCCCCUCCGUUCGGAAGAUACGGCAUUAGUAGCGCGUCGAGUGAUGUUUGCAAUAGAGCAGUGUCUGCUGUGUCUCGCACACCAUCCAGAUGUUUGGCAUCAAGCUGCUCAGUUCUUGGACCAUUCUGCCAAGCUCUUGCAGGAAAAGGGGGAUUCCAAUGCUGCGAAGUUGUUCUCUGAAGAAGCGGCGGCAGUAUACGAGCGGGCAACGAGUGGACCCCUGAAGCAGUCCACGCUUCUACACUUUGCUCAUGCGGACUAUGAAGAGAGUCGACUGCACUACAAUAAGGUGCACCAAGUAUACACGCGCUACCUGGACAUGGAAGACAUAGAACCGACGCUCGCCUACGUCCAGUAUAUGAAGUUCGCCCGAAGAGCUGAGGGGAUAAAAUCGGCCAGGACCGUCUUCAAACGAGCCAGGGAGGACCCGAGAUCUCGCUAUCACGUCUUCGUAGCGGCAGCCCUGAUGGAGUACUACUGCUCGAAGGACAAGAACAUCGCGUUCAGGAUAUUCGAACUGGGACUGAAGAAGUUCUCUCAUAUACCAGAAUAUGUUUUGUGUUAUAUCGACUAUCUGUCGCAUCUUAAUGAGGAUAACAACACGCGUGUCUUGUUCGAGAGAGUUUUAUCAUCUGGUAGCUUGAAGCCGGAAAGUUCCGUCGACAUUUGGAACCGAUUUCUGGAGUUCGAAUCGAAUAUCGGUGAUCUGGUGAGCAUCGUCAAAGUCGAGAAGAGAAGACAAGCUGUGUUAGAGAAGAUAAAAGAAUUCGAAGGCAAGGAGACAGCUCAAUUGGUGGACAGGUACAAGUUCCUCGAUCUCUAUCCCUGUACUAUUGCUGAGCUGAAGUCUAUAGGAUAUACUGAGGUGGCAGCUAUGUCAAAUAAGUCUUGGGCACUUGGAGGUGCCCUAGCUGGCGUAUCUCCUGAACUUGCAGCCGUCAUACUGGGACAGAAAGACAAUGAUCCAAAUAAGGACAUAGCUCGCCCAGACACAAGUCAGAUGAUACCGUACAAGCCGAAAUCGAACCCGCUACCUGGAGAACACCCUAUAUCUGGUGGUGCGUUCCCCAUGCCCCCGGCAGCUGCUCACCUCUGUACACUGAUGCCCCCACCCUCCUCAUUCCGAGGACCAUUUGUGGCUGUCGAUAGGCUCAUAUCGCUCUUCAAUAGAAUUUCUCUGCCUGAUAAACCCCCUGCGCCGACGCAAGAAAACGGCUGUGACACGAAGCUCUUUGAUCUGGCUCGGUCAGUGCAUUGGAUUGUGGACGACGACGGUCUCACAACAGUCACUAAUAAGGCUCGAAGAAGAAAAGCUGGCGAAGAUUCCGACGAUGACGAAUUGGGUGUUGCUCCACCUGUCAAUGAUAUCUAUCGGCAGAGACAACAGAAAAGGGUGAAAUAA